CGCCCAACCCCUUCCUCUUCCGAUGAGAGGCGGGGCUACGGUGUCCGCGGGAAACCCCCGUCAGCCGCCUUCUACUAGGUUCUGCUGCAGGAAUGGCGGGUUUGGGGAAUCUGGUCCUGCGGCCCUGGAUUCGAGAGCUGAUCCUGGGGUCAGAAACACUUUCAAGUCCACGAGCCGGGCAGCUGCUCAAGGUAUUGCAGGACGCAGAGACCCCGGGCUCAUCCCACGCGCCUGUUGCCCCUGACGCCGGGGCUAUGCUGCUUGUGUCGGACGGGACCCACAGUGUCCGGUGCCUGGUAACGCGCGAGGCCCUGGACACCUCGGACUGGGAGGAAAAAGAGUUCGGAUUCUGUGGAGCUGAGGGUCGGCUACUGCUACUGCAGGUCUGCGGGGUCCGCAUCCAGGUCGCCGAGGGCUGCACGCCUGCAGAGUUCUACCUCCAAGUGGACCGGUUCAGCCUGCUGCCCACCGAGCAGCCUCGGAUACUGGUUACUGGUUGCAACCAGGACUUGGAUGUGCAGAAAAAGCUGUAUGACUGCCUUGAGGACCACCUUUCAGAGUCCACCUCUUCCAAUGCAGGCCUAACACUGUCCCAGCUUUUGGAUGAAGUGCAGGAGGACCAGCAGCAUCGGGGGGCACUAGUGCAUCUAGCUGAGAGCUGCCUAGUGCUGGCAGGCCCUUGCACAGCACCCCCGCUCACCCACUGGGCUGCCUCACGCUGCAGGGCCAUGGAAGAAGCUGUGUACUCUGUCCCCAGCUUAUUGCUGCACAUUCCUGAAAAUGACCAGCAAAUUCUAAGCUCUCUGGGCUCAAGUCAGAAGGUACAAGGAACUCCUGCUUUAACCUGUCACAUGCCAUUGGAGGAAAGCAGUGCCAGCAUCAGCCUUCUGCCUGCCCUCCCUUUGGCUGCCCCGGACCUGGUACAGAAGCACAGCUCCCAGUCCCUACCUGCCAUCUGCUCAGCCUCUGGAUCCCCGCCCUUCAGUUCCCCACACCCCAGUCAUACAUCCAACUCCCCACUCCUGAGCUGCACUCCCAGUCUCUCGCCCAUCGACCAUAACCCCAGUCCAUACCAGGCCCAUGUGACCAGGGCCCAGAAAUUUAGCCUGGAGUUCAGAGAGCUAGGGUUGCCCCAUAAGAACCAGCGGUCUUUUCCAAGGACUGGAGCCAAGGGAGUCCAGGAGCCCUGCCCUGUCUGGACACCACACCCCUUUCAGGACCCCCCAAAGAGGCAUCGUGAUGGUUCCACCUUCCAAUAUGAUUAUGAACUACCCUGUGCCUCCCUCUGUGCUCAGGUCCACGCUGUCAGUGCUGGGGAUGAGAACCCAGGGACUCACACUUGCUGGGCAGAUGGUCUACUUCUAGGCUAUAUCCCUAGCCCUGCCCCUACUCUGAUGGUCACCAGUUCCAGGCAACCUUGACCUGUAGCCAUGGUUUCUUCCCAGGCUCCCUCCCCAACUUGUGGCAUGGGUCUUGCACUUUUUGAUGGAGCCACAGCCAGAGUCUGAGCUAACUCAAGUGUGAGGAGUCAUGCAGGCACAUCAGAGGAUAUGCAUGUACAGAUCUGUGUCUAGGUGUGGACAAACUUAUGUAGUCUGCUUCCUUCAAGUUUUUUAAUAAAAUAAUCUCAUGCGGCAA